CCGAGUCUCGCGAGAGCUUGCCCGGCUUCCUUACUGAAGUUCAGAGCGCGAGUCGCCGCGGCGGGAUCUCAGUGGAUACUUUCUUACGAAGUCUGCGCAGGAGCCAUAUAUUGGAGACAAUGUCUGGAAGCUUCUACUUCGUGAUUGUUGGCCACCAUGACAAUCCAGUUUUUGAAAUGGAGUUUCUGCCACCUGGAAAAGCAGAAUCCAAAGACGACCAUCGUCAUCUGAACCAGUUCAUAGCCCACGCUGCCCUUGACCUGGUGGAUGAGAAUAUGUGGCUGUCAAACAACAUGUACUUGAAAACUGUGGACAAGUUCAAUGAGUGGUUUGUUUCAGCAUUUGUUACUGCAGGUCAUAUGAGAUUUAUUAUGCUUCAUGACGUAAGACAAGAAGAUGGAAUAAAGAACUUCUUUACUGAUGUCUAUGAACUAUACAUAAAGUUUGCAAUGAAUCCAUUUUAUGAACCAAAUUCUCCUAUUCGAUCCAGUGCAUUUGACAGAAAAGUUCAGUUUCUUGGAAAGAAACACCUCUUAAGCUAAGCACAGAAAAAUUUGGAAAUAAACAAUGUCGCUACAAUGGAAUAUACUCAGGAAUGUGUACAUUGUAAGUUACUUGAUUAAAUAGCCUGGGAAAGUUUUACUUGUAGUGUUAAUUUAUCUAAACCUAGUGAAAUUCCUUAUAGAUAAAAAUAGUACAGUUUCUUAGAAUUAUCAAUCCUAUAUAA